AUGAGAUUGCAAAUAAAAGAUGAAAAUGAUAUUUAAAUAGCUAAAGAAGAUGCUUAUGAGCUAAAUUAUAUGAAGCCGCCUUUAGAAGCUCACCUUAUAAAUCAUGAUGCUCAUUAUAUUCAUAGUGUUGACAAAAAGGGGAAACAUACCAGAAGAAUAUUUUAUGACUAAGAAUUCAAUGAGUACGAAAAAGAGAAAAUUAAAGAAUUUAGAUAGCUAUUAAAAGAUCAGCAAAUAGCUCUACCUACAGAAUGGAGUGAUUUAAAGAUUUUGAAAUGUAUUUAUAAUGAGCAAUUUAAUAAGAAAGACUUCAUUAAUUUAGUUAAAAAACAUAUAAAAUGGUUAAAUGAUUUUGCUUUAUAAAAUCCUUCAGAAGAAACAAUAGAAAAAUUUUUAAAAAGAGGAGUGAUGUAUACAUUUGGUAGAGAUAAUUUAUUUAGACCUAUUGUUUUUGUCAAUUCUUAUAUGAUUUAAGGUGAUAGUAAUAAUAUUAAUGAUAUGAAUGCAAUUAAUGGCGCUUUAUGCAAAUUAUUGAGUACAGUCUAAAAAAAUAUGUUCUUAGAAGGCAAAGUAGAAAAUUGGAUCAUUUGCAUUGACACGAAUUAUUGUGGUUUAUCUGAUCUUGAUUUCAAAGUAAUAUAAAAGAUUAUUGAGUGUAUGGUUGCUAACUACACUUGCAUAUUACAUAAAUUAAUUAUUUUAAAUCCUUCUUGGUCUUUUAGGUAGUGUUGGAAAAUUAUUUCAGCAUUCAUACCAUCUGACUCCUAAGACAAAAUAGAGUUUAUAACUUCUGAAGAAUUCCAUAAGCUUGUUGAAAUAGGCAUAAAUCCUGAUUAAAUUGAAAAAAAGUAUGGAGGAAAUCAUGAAAACCUAACUUAAUUCUGGCCUCCAAUCAAUACGUUUAAAAGUCAUCAUAAUAACUAAUUUUCCACUCCAUCCAGAAGAGAAAGUAGCCACUAUCAUUCUAUGAUAGAUCAUUCUCACUUCAUAUUUUCAAGAUAAGACUCUUAAAGAGAGUUCAAUGAUCAAGAAAUAACUUAAGAUGGAAUGAAUUUGAAUUCAAAAUAAAUACUAGAAGAUAAGUAGUAGCACAACAUAAUUGAUAAAUUAGUAUAAAAAGAUAUCAAAAUAGAAGAUAAAAUCUAAAAUUGCCCUAUAGAUUAGCCCUAUCAUUAAAAAUCUACUGGCUGCUGCUCGAGUAAUUAAUGCAAUAUAUUUUGA